CUUCUCCUCCCCCUUCCUCGACGGUUGAAGCGCGCGCCGCCAGGGGCAGACGGGAGCCCGAGCGCGAGCGCGCGCUCUCCUCUUAGGAGAGGCUUCGAUGCCGCUGCUGUGAGAUGGCAUCAUUUUGUUGCGCUGGGGCGGCAGCGGCGCUAAAGGCGGCGGCGGUGCCGACGGUUGGGAGCGGUGCCGAAGGUUGAGGAGAGAACCCAGCUCCUCUCUGUCAGAGGGGAAAAAAAAAAGGGGGCGGCGGUGGCGGCACUACCUCGCAGCUGGGCUCCGAGCCACGGCUGAAAGUGCAUCCUCUGAUAUGGCUGCAGCCUCCCCAACAUCUGGAAGCAGUAAUAACUACAAUGGAAGACUACAGAUGCAAGUAACAAUUUCUAGUGCCAAAUUGAAAAGAAAAAAGAACUUUUUUGGUUUAGCUGCCAUUUAUACAGAACUAGUAGCAGACAAUGAAGUGAAGAAAACAUCUAAGUCUGGCAGUUCCUCAAAUCCAAAAUGGGAAGAACAAUUGACAGUGAAUGUGACUCCACAGACCACUUUGGAAUUUAAAGUUUGGAGCCAUCAUACUUUAAAAGCUGAUGCUUUAUUAGGAAAAGCCACUGUAGAUCUUAGACAAGCUUUGGAAGUUCACAAUAGAAGAUUAGAACAUGUCAAAGAACAUUUGAAGCUUUCACUGGAAAAUAAGAGUGGCUUGAUACAAACUGGAGAACUGAUAAUAGUGCUUGAUGGUUUGGUGCUUGAAACAGAAUCUCUUUCAAAUCGCAGUUCACUAGUAACCAUAGAAGUCCAGCAAAAUGGUGAUGCUUUACAUGAAAAUAGAGAAACACCAGCUAGGACCACUUCCAGAUUAGAUAAUCAAACACCAUCAAGUUCCAUAGUACAGAUCUCAUUCCCUAUACAUGCCGUUAAUGGAGACAAUGAAGACAACUCAUCAUCUCCUCAUAUUGUGACCAGAUCCAAAAAUUCACCAAUACCAAAACCACUGUCAAGUGAACAAGAUAACAACAUUGUUAGUUGUGAAUCAUCCAUAAUGGAAGCUGAUAAUCUUUCAAUCUCCGAAAUACCUAUGGAUUCUACAGAAGCGCCAUCCACAUCUGCAGAUUUUACCACUACUACUUCAGAAACUCCUAUAGAAACUGAGGCUACUACUAGUAAUGCUGAAAGCAGUACAUCUAUAACUGCCUUUAAUGAAUUUUCAGGACUUCAGCCUGUUACUCCUUCAGAUUCAGUAUCCUCUAGUACAGAGAACAAUGCCACACCAAUGUCAGAAGUAGCAAAACCAAGGGAGUCUGCUAAUGUAUCUGGCGAAGCUAUAAGGCAGCAACCUGGUAACACCAGCAUAGAACCUUUGCCCCCUGGAUGGGAACAAAGGAAAGAUCCACAUGGUAGAACCUAUUAUGUUGAUCAUAACACAAGAACUACAACUUGGGAAAGACCUCAACCUUUGCCACCAGGCUGGGAAAGAAGGGUUGAUGAUCGUGGAAGAGUUUAUUAUGUGGACCAUAACACACGAACAACAACAUGGCAGAGACCAACAAUGGAAUCAGUCAGAAAUUUUGAACAAUGGCAGUCGCAACGAAAUCAAUUGCAAGGAGCUAUGCAACAAUUUAACCAACGAUACCUCUAUUCGGCUUCAAUGCUUUCUGCUGAAAAUGAUCCACUAGGUCCUUUACCACCAGGCUGGGAAAGAAGAGUUGAUUCAAAUGACAGAGUAUAUUUUGUAAAUCACAAUACAAAGACAACACAGUGGGAAGAUCCACGGACUCAAGGCUUACAAAAUGAAGAUCCCCUUCCAGAAGGCUGGGAAAUCAGAUAUACAAGAGAAGGUGUAAGAUACUUUGUUGACCAUAACACACGAACAACUACCUUCAAUGAUCCUCGUACUGGUAAAUCAUCUGUAAAUAAAGGACCACAAAUUGCUUAUGAACGCAGUUUUAGGUGGAAACUGGCUCAUUUCCGCUACUUAUGUCAGUCAAAUGCUCUACCAAGCCAUGUGAAGAUCAAUGUAUCCAGACAAACUUUGUUUGAAGAUUCCUUCCAACAGAUCAUGGCUUUAAAGCCUUAUGACUUAAGGAGAAGAUUGUAUGUCAUAUUCAGAGGAGAGGAAGGGUUGGAUUAUGGAGGUUUAGCCAGAGAAUGGUUCUUUUUGCUAUCACAUGAAGUGCUGAAUCCUAUGUAUUGUCUCUUUGAAUACGCUGGCAAGAGUAACUACUGUUUACAGAUAAAUCCAGCAUCAACAAUAAAUCCAGAUCAUCUUUCAUACUUCUGUUUCAUUGGGCGAUUUAUUGCUAUGGCAUUGUUUCAUGGCAAAUUCAUUGAUACUGGGUUUUCCCUGCCAUUCUACAAGCGCAUGCUAAAUAAGAAACUCACAAUAAAAGAUUUGGAAUCUAUUGACACUGAGUUUUAUAAUUCUCUAAUUUGGAUAAGGGACAACAAUAUAGAAGAAUGUAAUUUAGAAAUGUACUUCUGUGUUGACAUGGAGCUGCUAGGAAAGGUUACUUCACAUGAGCUGAAAUCAGGAGGAUCAAAUUUACUUGUCACUGAAGAAAACAAAGAAGAAUAUAUUGGUUUAAUGGCAGAGUGGCGGUUUUCACGAGGAGUACAAGAACAAACCAAAGCUUUCUUGGAUGGAUUCAAUGAAGUUGUUCCUCUUCAAUGGCUGCAGUAUUUUGAUGAAAAAGAACUGGAGGUUAUGCUUUGUGGAAUGCAAGAAGUUGAUAUGGCGGACUGGCAAAGAAACACUGUUUAUCGCCAUUAUACAAGAAAUAGCAAACAAAUAAUGUGGUUCUGGCAGUUCAUAAAAGAAGCUGACAAUGAAGUCCGUAUGAGACUGAUGCAAUUUGUCACUGGUACUUGCCGGUUACCACUGGGAGGAUUUGCAGAGCUCAUGGGAAGUAAUGGUCCUCAGAAAUUCUGUGUUGAAAAGGUUGGGAAGGAAACCUGGUUACCAAGAAGUCACACGUGUUUUAAUCGUUUAGAUUUACCGCCUUAUAAAAGCUAUGAACAGCUGAAAGAAAAGUUGCUUUUUGCAAUUGAAGAAACAGAAGGAUUUGGACAAGAGUAAGACUCAUCAAAGUGAAGCUUUCAUUUUUUUUUCCAGAUAGGCUGGAUCAACUAAAUUGCACAGUUAGUUGUACAUAAGCCGUCUCUUCUGUACAGCAGUUUUUCUGGAAAUCUUUUUAAAAAGCAGUUCUGUUCUUCCACAAAGAUAUGCAAAAACUUUUACUUACUCUACUUAUUUAUUUUGCCCUCAGAGAUCGGCCAGAAUGAAAUUGAAGCAGACAGACUUUAUUUUAAAAUGUGUGCAUAUGUAUCUAUAUAGAUAUAUAGAUAUAUAUGUACGCGCACACACAAACAAUAGUCAGCUCUAGUUUUAUAGAGCUUUAAACUUAAAAAACAUCACAGCCAUUCAGAGGAUCAGGAGUUUCUUCUUGACUUCAGAAAUGUACAGACUGCUCUGUAUUCUUCUAAUUUAUGCAACAUCUCUAAGGUUCUUUCUAUUGCAUGGCUGUUAUAAAAGGUGUUAAAAGGCUUCUGCCAAAUACAUCUUCAUUAUGUAGAAAAAUGCUGCUGGCUCUUUGAAGUGAUAGAAUAUAAUUCUAUCAGCUUAAUUUCUUUAAAAAGUAAUAGUUGUUAACCCUCUUUGCUACGUCUAUGUAGCGGUGGUCAUAGGUAAAGCCUUUAUUACUUGCACAAGAGUAAUGUACAGUAAAAUGAAUGUGAUUAUUAAGAUAUUGGUGCCACUGUUCUGACUCACAAACAGAAGCUGAACAGACUAUUUUAACUUACUGAUCAGCAUUAAAAAUUGUUUACAUACUAUCUUGGGUUAUUUCCAAGAGAACAGUAGGUAAUCUUGAAGAAAAAAACAAAAGUUGCUUACAUAUUCUGCCCUAGUCUGGUAUUUUACCGGCUUUUCCUCAGUAUUGGUUAUAUGCCUCAGUUUCCUAAAAUGAACUAAUUUGAAAUUCAGUAGGAUAUGAAAAGUAAUGUGAAUUCUUCUGCUCAUGGAUUUUUAUUUUUUGGUAUGAAUUUAGAGACCCCUAUUGAAACUAGUCACAAAAGCUUGCACAAUUGAAUUGAUUUUAAUAGUGUUAAGUAUUCUCAUCCAUUUUUAACUUCAAUAAAUCCAGAUGUUCCUAAACAUCUUUAAAAUUUGUUUUUAUAAAGGCUAAGUCUUAUUUGUCAUUAAGUGUACAAUAUUAUAUAUAUAUAAAACAUUAAAUUAUUUUAGCAGUAUUGAGGGCAUUUGCUAUUUGCAAAUGUAUGAUAAAUUCUACAACAUUGAUGUGAAUUAUAUCGAAUGCUACUUUUAGCAAACUGUGCUUCCUUACUAGAGUAACAUUUUAAAUUACCAUUGUAUCAUGCAUUCAUUAUUCAUUGUAAAUUCCAUUAAACUUACAGUUUUGUACACACACAAAUUUCCUAGAAUUAACAUUUCUGUAACAUAUCAAACUGCAAAAAAUCUGUAAUUGCAGUAUGAAUCUGCUGUUAUUCAUUUUCUCAAUAUAGCAGUUGAAUUCUACCAAAACCUUAUUUUUCUACAUAUUGUUACACUUUAUUAUUCAUGGAUAUUAAUCUGAGAAUGCUUUGAUAAAAGCACUGAAUUAAUGGGCCUUCAGUCUAUCUUGUUAGAUAACUUCCCCCUAUCAAUAUGUUUUUAAUGUCAUAAAGCCCUCUCACAAUAUACAUAGGCACCUUAAAAUAAAAAUACCCUAAGAUUUGGAGAAAAUUGUAUUUGGAGUCACCUGAA